CAAGUCGUAAACGCACUCUGCCUCUCUCUCUGCAUCUCUCCGCCUCCAAAACCCUAAUCUCCCCCAAAACCCAGCCCCGCCGCCUCUCCAGCCAUGCCUCCCAAGUUCGACCCCUCCCAGGUCGUCGAGGUCUACGUCCGCGUCACCGGAGGCGAGGUCGGCGCCGCCAGUUCCCUCGCUCCCAAGAUCGGUCCUCUCGGUCUCUCCCCCAAGAAGAUCGGAGAAGACAUCGCCAAGGAAACCGCCAAGGACUGGAAGGGCCUCCGCGUCACAGUCAAGCUGACUGUCCAGAACCGUCAGGCCAAGGUCUCCGUCGUCCCCUCCGCCGCGGCUCUCGUCAUCAAGGCGCUGAAGGAGCCCGAGCGCGACCGGAAGAAGGUCAAGAACAUCAAGCACAGCGGCAACAUCAGUCUUGAUGACGUCAUCGAGAUUGCAAAGAUUAUGAAGAACCGGUCUAUGGCAAAGGAUUUGUCAGGGACUGUGAAGGAGAUCCUCGGGACCUGUGUUUCUGUUGGGUGCACUGUGGACGGGAAAGACCCGAAGGACCUGCAACAGGAGAUUACCGAUGGAGACGUUGAGGUUCCACUGGACUGAGCUUGGUAUUUUAUAAAGAUUUGUUUUUGUUGGGCUUUGUUUUAUGGUUUCUCCCAGUUAUGAAUUCUAUAGAGGCUGGCAUUGAAUCUAAUGGGAAAUGUAGCGAUUUAAAGCGAAUGUUUUGUUUUUUUUCGGAAAAUUAUGUUGGGACGUAAAUUUUAUGUUCAAUCUGAAUGCAUUUGCUUAUGCACAUGAGUA